AUGGAAGGAAGAGAACUAACAUUCAAAAUAUGCUUGAUAGGAGAUGGGGGAGUUGGAAAGACGACUUAUAUAAACAGAGUACUUGAUGGAAGGUUUGAGAAGAAUUAUAAUGCAACGGUUGGUGCAGUGAAUCAUCCUGUGACGUUCCUUGAUGAUAAGGGGAAUGUAAUAAAGUUCAAUGUUUGGGAUACGGCAGGACAGGAGAAGAAGGCGGUUUUGAAGGACGUAUACUAUAUAGGUGCUAGCGGGGCCAUAUUUUUCUUCGAUGUGACAUCCAGAAUCACAUGCCAGAACCUUGCACGAUGGGUCAAGGAGUUCCAAGCAGUUGUUGGAAAUGAAGCGCCUAUAGUUGUUUGUGCCAAUAAGAUUGACAUAAAGAAUAGGCAAAAGAUUAGUAAGAAGUUAGUGAUGGAAGUCCUUAAGGGAAAGAAUUACGAGUACUUUGAGAUCAGUGCAAAGACGGCGCACAACUUCGGGCUUCCGUUCCUACAUCUAGCUCGUCUUUUCACUGGAAGGCCCGACCUUAUAUUCGUAUCUAAUGUGAAUCUUGAGCCAACUGAGGUAAAUUAUGAUUAUCAUAGCCCUGAGGAAACGAAAUAUAUCGAUUAUAUGGAGCAGGCUGCGAAGAUGGCACCCGAGGAGUAA